AUGGACAUCGUGGACAUGAAUGUUUUUCCUAAGUUGUUGUGUGGAUGGAGUUGGGAGGAGAACAAGUUGUUUGAGCUGGCUUUGGCUGUGGUUGAUGAGGAAGACCCACAGCGCUGGGAAGUAGUUGCAGCCCUGCUUGGAGGCGAAAAAAGCGCAGAGGAUGUUAUAGAAUCUGGUAAAUUGGAUCACAAACUGGGACAGCCGCAGAAUUAUGUUCAAGUGGUGGAUCUUUGCACUCAAUCCGUUUGCUGGACUGACGAAAAUAACAAUUGUAACUACCGCAGUUUCAAAGAUCUGUCGGCAGCUUGUAAAUACCACAUUUCUCUUCUUGUAAUUCAGAAGUUAGUGAAAUUCAAGCCAGAUGGAAUGACCCUUCCCAAACUCUAA